AUGAGCGUGCACGACCCUCUCACACUCCUGCAGCUGGCCGUGCAAGGGCUGCUGAGGAAUGAUGCCUUGUCCAUCUCUGCUCUGGACAACCUGCCUAUUGAGCUCUUCCCACCGCUGUUCAAGCAGGCCUUCGAUGGCAGACACACCAAGAUAUUGAAGGCAAUGGUGGCCGCCUGGCCCUUUCCCUGCCUUCCAGUGGGGGUACUGAUGAAUUCUCCUGAAGUGGAGACCUUGCAAGCUGUGCUGGCUGGCAUAGACAUUCUGCUGAUGAAGAAGGCUCAUCCCAGACGUUGCAAGCUUCAAGUGCUCGAAUUAAGGAAAGUGCACCAGAAUUUCUGGCAUGUAUGGGCUGGAAGAGAAGAUGGAGCCGGGUCAGCAGAGAAAGGAAGCAAGAAGCAAGUAGUAAAACGCCUUCCUAGAAAUUCCCAGAAGCAGCCUUUGAAGUUGGUCACUGACCUCAGCCUCUGCAACCAGCUGGAAGGACACCAAAAGUGCUUGUUGCAGUGGGCCCAGAAGAGAAAGGGCUCUGUGCAGAUGUGCUGUCUUAAGAUGCAGAUCUGUGACUCCCUGCAGAGAUGUCUCGCCUAUGUGAACACGGAUAGGGUACCCAUAGAGAAGUGUCUUAACAAGUUCCUUACUCAGUUCUCCAAGCUCAACUGCCUCCAGCAUCUCUACAUGAACGGCAUCAACCUUUUCACUGACCACAUGAAACAGUUGUGCAGAUGCCUGAAGACCCAGUUUGAGUCCUUGUCUAUGAUCCUCUGCUGUCUCUCACAGUCAGAUUUGAAAUACUUGUCACGAUGUCUCCGACUUCUCCUUGAGAAUGUAGCAGACACUCUGCAGACCCUGGAGUUAGACAACUGUAGCCUGAAGGACUCUCACCUCAGUGUCCUGCUGCCUGCCCUGAGCCAGUGUUCUCAGCUCACUAGAGUCAAUUUCUAUGACAAUCUCCUCUCCAGUGCUGCUCUGAAGGACCUUCUGCAAUGCAUGGCCAAUCUAAACAAGCUGAGAGUAGAGCUCUACCCUGCCCCUCUAGAGUGCUAUGACCACCGUGGUCAUAUCCUUGUACAAACAUUUGACCAACAAUGCCCUGGCCUACUGGACAUAUUCAAGGCCAAAAGGCAGUCCAAGAAAAUUGUCUUUGCUACAGCCAUGUGCUUUAAAUGUCAUCAGCGCUGUGUCUAUGACAGGAAGACCAGACUUUGUCCAUGUUGGCAAUGA